AUGCCACUCUCCCGCUCCUCAUCCGGCCUGGACGCCAUCCUCAACCGCCCAGAAGACGACGGGAUAGCAACCCGUCUCCUCUCCAGCCCCCUCUCGACAGGUGCGAGAUACCUCUACGACUCUUUCCCCGUUUCGCACCCCGUGACGUACGGCAGCGGCAGCGGCAACGACAAAAACGACGACGCCGUGACCGUGGUCUGCGUCUCGGACACGCACAACACCAAACCGCGCCUGCCGCCGGGCGACAUCCUCGUGCACGCGGGCGACCUCACGGCCUCGGGCACGAGGAGGGAGCUGCGGGAGGCGCUGGGGUGGAUCCGGGCGCAGCCUCACCGGUUCAAGGUCGUCGUGGCGGGGAAUCACGAUCUGUGUUUGGAUAAGGGGUAUGGCAAGGGGAUCAAGCUUGGUGGACGGUCACGGGACGGCGAGGGCAGCUCGAUGUCACGCAGAGAUGGUGAAGACGACGACGACGACGACGGCUCACCUCUGGGCUGGGGCGACAUCAUCUACCUAAACCGCACAGCAACGACGCUCACGAUACCCCCGCGCCGUCUCGACGACGGGGACAGGACGUACGCUGGCCGCGAGAUUCGCGUCUACGGCAGUCCGUAUACGCCGCGGCACGGCAACUGGGCCUUUCAGUACCCGCGCUCCGGCGGCGCCGCCCCCUAUUGCUCCUCCUCCUCCUCUUCCUUGCGCACGACAGACGUCGACAACGCCACCUCCGACCCCUGGCGCGGCACGAUCCCUCCCGGGACAGACGUUCUCGUCACCCACGCGCCGCCAAAGGGCCACAUGGACGACCCGCGCGGCCACUGGGGGUGCGAAAUGCUCCUGGCCGAAGUCUGGCGGGCGCGGCCGCGUCUGCACGUCUUUGGGCACGUGCACUGCGGUCGCGGGCGGGAGGCGGUGGCGUUUGACGGGUUGCAGGCGGCGUAUGAGGCGGUUGUCUUGUUGGAGGCCGAGGCUUUUGCCGUGGUUGCUAGCGGUGGUGGUGGUGGUGUUGGAGUUAAUAUCGGUCGUCGUGUAGGCAAUGUGGUGAUGGCGUGGUUCAAGGCCUUGCUUGCUCUGGGUUGGUGUUUGCUGGUCUGGGGAUGGGUGCUGUGGUGGCAUGGGGGACGGAGGGGUACGGGGAGGACUGUGUUUGUGAAUGCUGCUGCUGUUGGGGGCGUUCGGGAUCGUUUGGUGCGGGAGGCUAUCGUUGUGAGGAUAUAG